AUGUCGCCCUCGCAGGUCGCACCUCAGCAGCCGGAUGACAUCCCUCCCCUCCUCCCCCCAAAUGAGAAGAGUCAGUAUCGAAUGAUCAAAGAAGCCGAAUUUAACAACAUGCAUGACUUCAUGUUAUCUCAUGGAUUGAACGCGUACUACUUUGAGGACUACGGUGAAGUGAAUCCGACCAUAGACACCAUGAGACGGUAUGAUCAGGAGUAUUGGGAGGCCGGGCAGCAGGAACGUUACCAAGAGCACUACGAGGAUCAGGAAGCAGGACGUUGCGAACCCAGCCCGGGAUAUUGCGAGUACUGGGGAGCAGAACUGGCUGGGCAAAAAUGUGAGUAUGAAGGUUACGAGGGAGACCAGAGCCACCACGACUACGAGGACUGCGAGGUAGAUACCGUGAGCCGGUCGAGGAAUGCUAUGACCAGUCAGACUAUGCGGUGGAUGAUGGGUUUUGCGAUGAUUAUUAUGAUUGAGCCAAGAACUGGUUUCGGUAAGACUCUCCGGCAGGUACUACCGCUAUCGUUCUACAUGAUACAGGACAGAAAACUGAAUUGUGUUUAUAGUGGACGUUAA